UUUCUUACAGUGUGGAGAACACAUUCCAUUUGGAUUUUGUUUAUUGUUCCAGAUGGUGAGAUUAAGACCAAGCUUGGAGAAUUGACUUCAGAGGAGGAUAUUACAGCAAAAACUGAACUACUAACUGAGGAGUCUGACAACCCCAAAGACAAUGUUCUCCAGGAAUCUGAAUGCAGAGAAUUUUGUGAAUUUGGGGAUAAAUUAAAUGAAAAGGAUCAGAACCUCUUUAAAAGAAGACAACAUAACUGUGAUGAAUAUGGACAAAGCUUUGCUUGGAGGACAGGCCUUAUUAGGCAUCAGAGAACUCACUGGGAGAAACCCUAUGAAUGCGAUAAGUGUGGAAAGGCUUUUAGUGUGAGCUCAGCCCUGGUUCUGCAUCAGAGGAUUCAUACUGGGGAGAAACCUUAUCCUUGUAAUUGGUGUAUUAAAAAUUUCAGUCGGAGCUCAGACCUUAUUAAACAUCAAAGAGUCCACACUGGUGAAAAACCUUACAAAUGUGAUGAAUGUGGGAAAGCCUUCAGCCAGAGCUCAGAUCUUAUUAUACAUCAGAGAAUCCAUACAGGAGAAAAACCCUAUCAGUGCAAUCAUUGUAGUAAAAGUUUUAGCCAACGCUCAGACCUGGUUAAACAUCAGAGAAUCCAUACUGGAGAGAAGCCUUAUACAUGUAACCAGUGUAACAAGCAUUUUAGCCAGAGUUCUGAUGUUAUAAAACAUCAAAGAAUCCACACUGGUGAAAAACCAUAUAAAUGUGAUGUGUGUGGAAAAGCCUUCAGUCAGAGCUCAGAUCUUAUUCUGCAUCAGAGAAUCCACACUGGGGAGAAACCAUAUCCAUGUAAUCAGUGUAGCAAAAGUUUCAGUCAGAACUCAGACCUUAUUAAACAUCGAAGAAUCCACACCGGGGAGAAACCAUAUAAAUGUAAUGAAUGUGGGAAGGCUUUCAACCAGAGCUCAGUCCUUAUUCUGCACCAGAGAAUUCACACUGGAGAGAAACCCUAUCCAUGUAACCAGUGUAGCAAAACCUUCAGUAGACUUUCAGAUCUUAUUAAUCAUCAGCGAAUUCACACUGGAGAGAAGCCUUACCCAUGUAACCAGUGCAGUAAAAUGUUUAGUCGAAGAUCAGAUCUUGUUAAACAUCAGAGGAUUCAUACAGGUGAGAAACCCUAUGAAUGUGAUGAAUGUGGGAAAACCUUUAGUCAGAGCUCCAACCUUAUUCUACAUCAGAGAAUCCACACUGGGGAGAAACCCUAUCCAUGUAGUGAUUGUACUAAAAGUUUUAGUCGUCGUUCAGACCUUAUCAAACAUCAAAGAAUACAUACUGGAGAGAAACCAUAUGCAUGUAAUCAGUGCAAUAAAAGUUUUAGUCAAAGCUCAGACCUCACUAAACAUCAGAGAGUACACUCGGGAGAAAAGCCCUAUCAUUGCAAUAGUUGUGAGAAAGCCUUCAGUCAGAGCUCGGACCUUAUUCUUCAUCAGAGAAUUCACACUGGAGAAAAGCCAUACCCAUGCACACAGUGUAGCAAAAGUUUCAGCCAGAACUCAGACCUUACCAAACACCAGAGAAUCCACACCAGGGAAAAGCCAUAUAAAUGUAAUGAGUGUGGGAAGGCUUUCAGUCAGUGCUCAGCUCUUAUCCUACAUCAGAGGAUCCACCCUGGGGAGAAACCAUAUCCACGUGAUCAAUGUGGCAAAAGCUUUAGUGGGCACUCUGAUCUCAUUAAUCUUCAAAGAAUGCACACUGGGGAAAAGCCAUACAAAUGUGAUACAUGUGGGAAAGCCUUCAACACAUGCACAGAUCUUAUGGAACAUCAGAGAAUCCACACUGGGGAGAAACCCCACGGGGGUAUUCAGUGCAGUAGAAGUUUUACCCAAAUUUCUGAACUUGCUGAUCAUGACAUAGCCCAUUCUGGCCAAGACAGUGUACAUGUGAUGAAUGUGGGAAAACCUUUAGUGUAUACACCAACUUUAUUCAGUACCAGAGACACUACACCAGAAAAAAAAUCUAGUGAAUGCUAUUGA